GGGGACACCCUGGCCGGGACCUGAGCGGGCCAGUGAUACCGUGAGCGUCGCAAACUCUCGGUGGCCUGGAUCUGUCCUCCAGCCGCAUCCCGCCUGCACCUGUCCUGUCUUCCAGCCCGGCCUCAGCAUGACGGACCAGGCAGCCUUCGACACCAACAUUGUCACCCUGACCCGCUUCGUCAUGGAAGAGGGCAGGAAGGCCCGAGGCACGGGCGAGAUGACCCAGCUGCUCAAUUCGCUCUGCACCGCGGUCAAAGCCAUCUCCACUGCCGUGCGCAAGGCUGGCAUAGCGAACCUCUAUGGGAUUGCUGGUUCUACCAAUGUGACAGGUGAUCAGGUGAAGAAGCUGGAUGUCCUCUCUAAUGACCUGGUUAUUAACGUGCUGAAAUCAUCCUUUGCCACCUGCGUUCUUGUAUCAGAAGAAAACAAUCAUGCCAUAAUAGUAGAACCUGAGAAGAGGGGUAAAUAUGUAGUCUGCUUUGAUCCCCUUGAUGGUUCUUCCAACAUCGACUGCCUUGUGUCCAUUGGAACCAUCUUUGGAAUUUACAGAAAGAACUCAACUGAUGAGCCUUCUGAGAAGGAUGCCCUGCAGCCAGGUCGGAACUUGGUUGCUGCCGGCUAUGCGCUCUAUGGCAGUGCCACCAUGUUGGUUCUGGCCAUGGCGUGCGGCGUGAACUGCUUCAUGUUGGAUCCGGCCAUUGGAGAGUUCAUUUUGGUAGACAAGGAUGUGAAGAUCAAAAAGAAGGGGAACAUCUAUAGCCUCAAUGAGGGUUAUGCCAAGGACUUUGACCCCGCCAUAGCCGAAUAUAUCCAGAGGAAGAAGUUUCCCCCAGAUAACACAUCACCCUAUGGGGCCAGAUAUGUGGGUUCCAUGGUGGCUGAUGUCCACCGCACCCUGGUCUAUGGAGGCAUCUUUUUGUACCCAGCAAACAAGAAAAGCCCCAAAGGAAAGUUGCGACUACUAUAUGAAUGUAACCCCAUGGCUUAUGUCAUGGAAAAAGCCGGCGGAUUGGCUACUACUGGGAAGGAAGCUGUGCUGGACAUCAUGCCUACGGAUAUCCACCAGAGGGCGCCAAUCAUCUUGGGGUCUCCUGAUGACGUGAAUGAGUUUCUGGAGAUAUUUAAGAAGCACACUGCCAAAUAGAAAACUGACCUUUCUUUCCCACACCUAAAAGAAUUACCUUUCACCUGGAUCUUUUGUGUCAUCCAGCAUUAACCCAUUCUGACUGUGCAUUCUACAUCCCCCUAGACAGAAAAUUAAAUGCACAGAUAUCUUUAUCAUAAAAUGCUGUUUAAUACCAGGUACUACCCAACCAAAAUGGUAUCUUGACAAUGCCAGUGACAGUCAAGAUAUAGUAUGAGUGACUGGAGGAGAAACAAAUGUAUUUUGCCAUUUAAAAUAGAGUAUUUCACUGUUCUAUAUCAAAUGACAGUAUAAUAAAAAUAGUACCUAUCACAUUA